AUGGCGAAGCAAGCAGGAUUGCGCUCGAAUCCAUCGAAAGAGGCUCCGAUCAAGAAGGAGGCCACGAAAAAACCAGGGUCUGCUGCGCGUGCUGAUACUGAUGCCAAGCAACAGACUUCAAAAGUCCAGGGAUUAGCCUCGAUCAAGAAGGAGCCCGCAAUGAAGCAGGCGUCCGCGCAGGCCGCUGCUGGUGGCAAGGACGCAUCACAAGUCUUGGCUUCAGCCCCGAUUAAGAAAGAGGCUGCGACGAAGCCGGGAUCCACCGCGCGUGCUGAUCCCGCUCAGCAACACACGUCAAAAGUCCAGGGACCAGCCUCCAUCAAGAAGGAGCCCGCAAUGAAGCAGGCGUCCUCCAAACCGGCCACGCAGGCUGCUGCUGGUGGCAAGGACGCAUCACAAGUCUUGGCUUCAGCCCCGACUAAGAAGGAGGCUGCGACGAAGCCGGGACCCACCGCGCGUGCUGAUCCCGCUGCUCAGCAACAGACUUCAAAAGUCCAGGGAUCAGCCUUGAUCAAGAAGGAGCCCGCAAUGAAGCAGGCGUCCUCCAACCCUGGCGCGCAGGCCGCUGCUGGUGGCAAGGACGCAUCACAAGUCUUGGCUUCAGCCCCGAUUAAGAAGGAGGCUGCGACGAAGCCAGGAUCCACCGUGCGUGCUGAUACUGCUGCAAAGCAACAGACUUCAAAAGUCCAGGGAUCAGCCUCGAUCAAGAAGGAGCCCGCAAUGAAGCAGGCGUCCUCCACCCCUGGCACGCAGGCAGCUGCUGGUGGCAAGGACGCAUCGCAAGUCUUGGCUUCAGCCCCGACUAAGAAGGAGGCUGCGACGAAGCCGGGGUCCACCGCGCGUGCUGAUCCCGCUCAGCAACAGACUUCAAAAGUCCAGGGAUUAGCCUCGAUCAAGAAGGAGCCCGCAACGAAGCAGGCGUCCGCCAACCCUGCCACGCAUGGCCGUGCUGGUGGCAAGGGCGCUUCACAAGCCCUGGCUGAUGGUGGUGCCGAGAAGAGCAUUCAGAGCAUUCCUACCCAAGUCAAGUGUAAAGGGGUGAAGACAGAGAUGCCAUCAAAAGGCCAGGCAUCAGCCGCAGCGAAGGCGCUGGCCAGUCAAGGUGCCGCAGUCUCCAUCCCAAGUGCCGCGGCAAGGAAGACAUCGGCAAAGCCAAUUGCCUCUGAAAGCGGAGAGGGUGCCUCAGGCAAGAAGAAGGGUGUAGACUGUUCAACAGUCACCACACAGGACACCCCUGUUCCAUCCACGGACGGCAAACCAGGCAAGGCUAGCAAGAGACAAGUGACGGAGGUUGAGCUCAGUGCAGAUUCUGCAACCCAUGUGAAGCCAGCAGUGACAGCCAGCAAUGAAUUCGUCAAAAAGAUCAAAGAGGGUGGAAGCGACUCUGCGACGUUGGUGGCCUCAGCUGCUAGCAAGGAGGAAAAGCGAGGAGUGCAAGAACAGGCACGAGAAGAUCGCAAGAGGCUUCGGAAGUCUGCCAAAAGCGCUGCAGAAAAGUCCUCCACGGAUCUCGCGGUGCCAUGCGCAGCUGCUGGUGAAGUGGCUCCCGUUUCAAAGCGACGACGUGUGACAAGACAAUCAGGAGUGUGCUGGGGCUGUGAUCAACAGCUUCCCGAGGGGUGCGGCAUCCCUUACCAGAGCUCGGACCGAGAGAAAGGCUCUGCAUUUUGCGAAAGCUGCUCUGAGCAGCUCCGGAGCCAAAGGAAUUUGGUGAGAAUUGGUGACUUUGCGUGGUGCAAGGAUCCGCAUGCUCGUGGUAGAGAUGCCUCGGUUCACUGGCCAGCGGUUUGCUUGCAGCUUGUCUUCUCCUCGAAAGACGAGAAGAAGCCUUAUGUGCUUCAACUGGUCCGGCCAAAUGGGCCAAAUCCUUCCGAACCAGAAGCCGCUGUGCAACGUGUGAGGCAGCGAGACGUCGUGCCUUGGGAGGAUGCUGUGCUUAAUGCCAGCUUUGAAAAGAUUGCCAAAGGACCUAAGCGCAAGCGGGCCAUUGACUUGGCAGCUGCUUUGCGACUGGCAGGCGCGGCUGGGGCCCAGCUAACAGCCGCCAUGACAGCUCUGAGCACUACGAGGAAAGCCAGACCCAGACUCGCGAAAGGUUUGGACUCGGCAGAAGGUGCCAAACCCAUCUGGUGGAUGUCCCCGCCGCGCUCAUGUCGCUCUCCCUUUCGCGCACGUAGGCACGCGCCACGCAAAGCGAAGCCUCGAUCUGACGGCCCCGGCGUUGUCUUCAAACGCCGACUGAGAGCCGGUUCAGCAGGUCUGGAAGCAUUGCGGCGUGAGCUUGAUGCAGCUAGCGAGUAUGAGAAGCAGCUGCAAGCAAGGCUGCUGGAGCUGAAGGCCGCUUGA